AUGUGUUUCCUCUGUAGGGUGGCUGGGCUCACCCUUAGAGAUCAGAGCCCAGACAUCCAGAGGGAGAUCAGAGUAGAGCCAUUGCUCCUUCCCAUCAAAAGGAACCAGUUGAGGUGGUUCGGGUAUCUGAUCAGGAUGCCUCCUGGGCACCUCCCCUUGGAGGUUUUACAGAGGGGACAAAUACAGCAGAAGAGAGAUGGGAACUUCAUUGAAUUUUCAAGUCCGGCUUUACCGGUGCACUAUGAAGAAGAACACUUUCUACCUCACACCAGGGAAAAAAGGAAUGCGCUGCUAGCUCAGGUUGAGUACACAGUAGAUGUUGAACUGAAUGUUACAGAUGUCAAGACAGUGGAUUACCUUAGGAAUCUCCUGAACAACGGCAGCUUUUCUCUGGCCUUGGGUCCCACUGUGAAUGUCACACACAUUGGCAUCACCACAGUGUGCUACCCAAAUGGUGCCAACUUCCAGUGCAGAUGUGAGGAUCAGUAUGUGUGGCCAUAUCGAAACUGUAUUACAUACGGAACCUGUGAUGAGAUCAUUGACGACACAUGUGGGUGCAUCAACAGUAUUCCAUCUAAUGGCCAAUACUGCCAGCCAAAGAAAGUACCCCCAGUUGUUUAUGAAUACCAGAUUUCCAUUGCGCUGAACACUACAGAUGCAGAUCAACUGAGAAACACCCUGAAAAAUAUCCCCUUCCCAAUCCAAAUCAGUACGCAAAUAAACAUCUCAGAUGCUGAUAUCACUACAGUUUGCAGCCAAGGUGGCACUGGGUUCCAGUGCCGCUGUGAGGAUGACUACCUUUGGCCUUGUGAUAAGUGUGCCUUCUCCAGUUCUUUAUGA